AUGGCCACCAAUGACGCGCCGCAGCCGGCAGCAGCUGAUCCAGCCAAUGAAAUGCGAGGGAUUGGAAGGAUGGGUCCUAUGAGUGGUGGAUAUACCCCUAUCAGAACAAGCGUUGUGCCGCUGGGUGUUCCUGUAGCGGAGGGUGUGCAAACGCAGCCUGCUGUAACGCGUACGGCGGCUGGACAAGCUGGAUCAGGAGCUGAGCAGGAAUUACCCCCAAAUAAGAGGCUUGAGUUUGAUACUUGCCCUCUAUCUGUUGAAAGUCCGGCCAUUGGUGCUUCUUCUGCACGUGGUGCUGAUGCAACUGACGGGGAUGACUCAAAGCUAUCAGCCAAUGAGCGGAGAUCUGGACGGGAAAGGAGUCAGGGAGUAGAGGAGGAGAGGGAGGGAAGGGGAGAGAGGAGAGAGGGAGGAGGGGAGGAGAGGGGGGGAGGAGGAGAAGCACGAGGAGCAAGGAGAAGACGAGAGGACAGCGAAGAGCCCCCGAGUAACACGGAAAAGAGGCUUAGAGGCUUCGAGGUGCAGCCAGCCGCUGCAACCCAGGCGCAGGAUGACAACCCGGGCCUGAACCCAGACCUGAAUACGCCUUUAACUACUGAUUUAAACGCGGACGCGCACUGCCAUUUGACCGCUCUUUCGCUCUCCACCGCCCCUCUCUCGCCCCAGUACCCUCCCGCUCCUCCGCGCCGAGCCGCCACCAGGAUCGGGCAGCUCAUGCUCAUCCGAGCCUGCCACAGCGAGCAGCUUCGGCGGUUCAGCCUCGGCACAGCCUUGGGGCUGCGGACCAGGAACGGGAUUCUCACGGACCUGCCUGCAAUCAUUGUUUUUGUGCCUCGGAAGGUUCAUGAGCAGUGGCUGCUGCCUUCCCAGAUGCUUCCUAGCAAGCUGCAGGGACCAGACGGGUACGAGUGUGACGUGGAUAUAGUCGAAUUCUCUUAUUAUGGUGGGCAUGGGGCAGGAGGGGGGCCGACACAGCAGCCGCAGCUAAUUAGUAACGAGUUAGUGGAGAGAUUAAGAGGCAGUGGUUCUAGGAUCGGCCCCGGCUCGCAAAUUGCGAGUGAGGAGAUGUAUGGGACUCUAGGAGCCAUAGUUAGGAGCCUGACUGAGCCACGUGGAUUAGGGUUUCUGACUAACAGACACGUGGCAGUUGACUUUGACCAGCCGAAGCAGAAAAUGUUCCACCCGCUGCCGUCUUCGCUAGGUCCGGGGAAGUACUUAGGCUCGGUGGACCGAGCCUCGUCGUUUGCCUCGGACCACCUCUGGUACGGCGUGUUUGCCGGGCAGAGCCCGGAAACUUUUGUUCGGGCAGAUGGGGCGUUUAUUCCGUUCCAUGAGGAGUUUGACGUGGGUCUGUUAACCACGUGGCUGGAGGGGAUCGGGCGGAUUGGCAAGCCACACGAGAUCAGAUUGCAGGACGAGAUUUUCAGCGUGGCAGGGCAGCACGUGUGCAAGGUGGACAGCAGCUCAGGUGGGCAGCAGCUCGGGUUCAACACGCGCGGCAUGGUGGAUGGCGUAUGCAGUGGAGUAACACAACAGGAUGCCCUUCCCCACUCCCCCAUCUCCCCCAUCCCCUGCAACCCCUGGCAGGUGGGCAGCAGCUCAGGGCUAACGCGAGGCACGGUGAUGGCGUAUGCAGUGGAGUACAACGACGACAAGGGCAACACGCUCUUCACGGACCUGCUGGCGAUUGCAAAUCUGCAGUGUGGACACAUCGGUAUGCCGAUCGAUGUGCCUGAACCGGUGGUUCCGUCUCUCGCGCCUAUUGGUGAUUCGCCCUCCUCUCCUCCCCCUCCGCCCGGCAUCGGGGCAGCUUCACCCGCGCCCCUGCCUCGCGUGCCGUCUCAGCAAUGGUCCACGGCUGUUGCCACAGCCGACGUUCCAACCGACGAUACGAUCGCCGCUACAUCCGACGCUACAGCCGACGCGACGGCGCCUGCUGCAGCUGUAGCAGCCGCAGAAGCCCCGGUAUUUGGUCAACAGCCGCAAGCGCACCGCCUCCUCCCGCCAGCGGCUUACGGUGUUCUUUCAGUCGCAGCGCCGGGUCCUGGCGACGCCAUGGCGACGCAUUCCGUCGCAAUUCCGUCACUCAGCCUUCCGCACGCGGCUCUACCGUCUGUUCCACCCUCGCGGUAUAUGUCAAGAGGGGAAGGGGAGGGCGGGGUCUCCGCUGCAGUCAUCGCAGACGGGGGGGGAGCAGUUGGCGCAAAUUGGUCGUAUCCUCCGCCGAUGCCCGGGAUGUCGUCCCCUUCCGCAUCCCGCUCCGUUCCGCAAACCAUGCCACCUGCGUCGAUUACCCCCGCGGGUUUCCCCAGAAGCCCCCUGGUUUCCGCCGUAGAGAUGCCCGCAGGCGCAGUCCCCUCCGCUCUCCUGCCCGCGGGCGCAGUUCCCCCCGUUCCCCCUGGCCUCUCCGCGGUUCAAGUCUGCAUGUCGCCGCUGCUGAUGCCGGCGCCGCUGCAGCUACCGCAUGCACCUCUCGCGCCGGUUAUGCGGCCGGUUAUGUCGCCGGUUAUGCAGCCCGUUCUGUCACCGGCUAUGCAGCCGACUAUGUCGCCAGUACUGCGGCCAGUUAUGUCGCCGGUUCUGCGGCCGGUUAUGCCGGUGAUGCACCCGAAUCUAGUGAGCACGCUCAAGUCUAUUAUCUCUUCGUCCCCCUCCGAUCAACAAAGUCUGGCGCAGGGGCAGGGGCAGGCGCAGGCGCAGGGGCAGGCGGAGGGGCACGCGCAGGUGCAGGCGCAAAGGCAGACGCAGGGGCAGGAGGAGAGGCAAGUACAGGCGCAGGCGGUGACGCAGGGAUGGGGACAGAGGGAGGCGCGGGAACAGGCGCAGAUGCGCCUCUCUGCUUCUCUGCCGUCCCUCCCCCGCGUUCCAGAAGCUUCCGUUCCGCUUGAUCCCGGCUUCGCGGAACCUUCCCCCCCCACUGCCUCGCCUGCUUCUUCCCCCACUGCUGCUCUCCCCCGUUUGCCCCCGCUUUACUGCUCCGCCGCUUCCGCGUCCCCGCGAGGGCACUGCGCCCGCGUGCCGUCCCGCGCGUCCCCAGCCCCUCCUCUAGCAUCCCCGCCCGCAACACCUUCCGCCCAGCCUGCGCGCGAUCCCCCAUUCCCCGCCGCAUGCCCCCUCGCGUGCCCGCCCGCGCCUGCGUCCGCGCCAUCUACUCCCUCCGCCCAAUUCGCUUCCGCCCCGCCUCUCCACCCCGCGUGCCUGUCCGCGCCUGCGUUUCUGUCUUCCGCGCCCGCCCUUCCCCCGCCCUCCCGCGCGCCAGUAGCCGCGGACGGGUCUUCCGCCCUCCGCUCUGCUGCUUCCGCGGGCUCCCUCCCCCAGCCCCUCACACUGCCGCCCAGCAGUGUGCCGCCCAGCAGCCAUUCAGGGGACACUUUGCCGCCCAUGCCGCCCAGCAGCCAUUCAGGGGACACUUUGCCGCUCAUGCCGCCCAGCAGCAUCGCAGACAGUACCAUUCUACCCACUAGGCCACAGAACAUGGAGUGUUUGAAGCGCGGAUUGGAGGAGGAAGGGAGGGAGGCUGGUUGGGACUCGGUUCCUUGUCAGAAGAGAGCGAGAAGGGAGAGUAGAGCGGCCGUUGCUGACGGUGCUGCUGCUGCUGGUGCUGUUGGUGCUGUUGGUGCUGUUGGUUCUGCUCGCGCGGUUGAGUCUGCCGCUUCUGCUGCUGCUGUUGCUGCUGCUGCUGCUGACGCUUCUGCCGCUGUUGACGCGGUUGAGUCUGCUGGUGCUGCUGGUGCAGCUUGUGCUUCUGAGUCACCCGUUCUCUCAGCCCCUCCCACCUUUCCCCGCCCCGCCCCACCUCCCGACAGCGCCGUUCUGCUAGACUCUCUCAUUCUACCUGACCCCCCUGAGCCUGUUUCCACCCCUGAGCCUCCUAUCUCUCAGGACCUCCCCCUUUUGCCUCCCCCUCUGCCCGAUGCCACGCUUCUUGUUUCCCCUACUCUUGAGACGUCUCAAAAUUCAACCGUUGCUGCAGCUGUCGCUGACCCCCCUGAGCCUGUUUCCACCCCUGAGCCUCCUAUCUCACAGGACCUCCCCCUUUUGCCUCCCCCUCUGCCCGAUGCCACGCUUCUUGACGCCCCUACUCUGCUAGACCCUCCCACCCUCUUGGAGCCGCCUUCUCUGCGAGACCCCUCGGUGCUGCCAGUGCAUUCACCUCUCCCUGACGUUUCCGCCGUCGACCUGCCUCCUUUGGACCUGCCGCCCACUCUGCCGCCCGCUUUGCCGUCCGUUCUGCCGCCGGUGCUGCCGUCCGCCCUGCCGCCCGUGCUGCUGCCAACUGGGAAAACGACAGAGCAACGGCUAGACGUUCCAGCAAUUGACGUUGCUGCAGCACCAGAUUCGGUUGUAGCGAAUGUGGUUGUAGCAAAUGAAGCUGUAGUAGGCGCGGCUGUAGCGGACGCGGCUGUAGCGGAUGCAGUUGUGGCGGAGGUGGUUGUAACGGAUGGGGUUGUAGUGAAUGCGAUUGUAGCAGAUGGGAAUAUAGCAGAUUCGGUUGUAGCAGGUGCAGCUGUAGCGGAUGGGGCACUAGCAGAGGAGGUUGAAGCAGCACAAGGAGUUGCAGAUGCUGGGGGCUCAGGCGUGUUGGCCUUGACAGGCUCGCUAGCCUUCCUGCCAGCCUCCCUGCCUGGAGCAGCUGCUGGAGAGCUAGUCAGUGUCUCUGCUAGGGAUACUGGUAGAACAGCCACUUCUUUCUUUGGGAAAGCAGAGAUUGCUGUUGUUAAUGGCUUCCCAGCACCUAUCCCUACCACCACUGUUGCCACUGCCAAUUCCCAACCAGCAGAUACCCCUUCCGCCACUACCAAUAGCAAACCAGCGCAUAUCCCUACCGCCACUGCCAAUGGCAAGCCAGCAGCGCACACCCCUACCGCCAGACAAGCAGAGAUCGUCUCACUGGACCUUAUCCACAACCGCCGCCCGUUUCUCUGCCACGUCAGCGACUGCGGGAAAACGUUCAAGAACUGGCAGACGCUGAAGAUGCAUCUGCGCACGCACGAUCUGCCCGACGCGGUGUUCCAGGCGGCGUGUGAGGAUGCUCUGGGGCCGCGGCACGGGGGCAGCAAGGCCGGGCAGAAUAAAAAGAUUCCGUCGCGCUGCCCGGAGUGCGGGAAGACGUUUGUGGGGCUGUAUGAGCUGAGGCGGCAUUUUGGGCGGAAGCACCAGCAGGGGGAGAAGCCGUUUGCGUGCGCCAAGUGCAGCAAGCGGUUCUUUGUUGAGGCGGAUCUGAGGGACCAUGGGAAGAUGUGUGGGCAGAUGCUGGUGUGUCGCUGCGGCAUGCAGUUUGCCUUCAAGUGUAACCUUGUCAACCACAUGCGCUCCCGCCCCCUCUGCCAACUCCUCUCCGCCGCCAACCCCAUUCCGCCCCCCGCUGCUGCCGCUUCCGCUGCUGUGGCUGCUGCUACUGCUGCUGCCGCUGCUGCUGCUGGAAGUGCAGGGGGAGGGGGAGGGGGUGGGGAAGGGCUAGGGGAAGGGGCAGAGGCAGGGGCAAGGGCAGGAGGAGCAGUGGGAGUGCAGGCAGGGGCGAUGGCAGGCUUUUCGAAGCCUGCUAGUCGUGGUACUGCUAAGAGGGGCAGGGCUGCUGCUUGUGUCGGGAGGAUGGGGAGGGCGGGGAGAGGGGAUAGCGCUUGUGCUGCUGCUGCUGCUGCUGCUGCUGCCGCUGCUACUGCCGCUAAUAAUGCAGCUGUCGCUGCCAGCGGGUCAAGAGUGUACGCCCUUGCCCCACAGGACCCUAAUGUGCGUGCCGAGCCUGGAACGCAACCUGGAACGCAACCUGGAACGCACCCUGGAACACACCCUGGGAUGCACCUGCAGCAGUAUCCUAGUGCUUUGGGCCUUACCCCGUUCCCAUCGCUCAUUCCCAGUCCAGUUUACCCAUACCAUCCUCCUCCUCAAGCUUCGAUCACCACCACUCCUGCUACAGCCACUGCUUCUAUAGUCACCACUGCUACAGCCGGAGCUAGUGUUGCUGCUACAGCCGGCACUGUGUUUCCUGCUGUUCCUGCUGACCUGGCCGCCAGCUCAUCUGCUCCAUUGAUGCACGUGGCUACAGCCGUAUCUGCUGGUGCUACAGCUUCUGGCACUACAGCUGCCGGUGCCACAGCUGCCGGUGCUACAGCCUUCCUCCCCCCCAUGGGAUUUGUGCCGUUCAAUGCUCCUUAG